GAAAUUGGCAUCAGUCACCUUUGGUAACUACAAACAGUCCAACCCGCUUUCAUCCGUCUUCAGAUCAAUCUUCACAUACCAAUCAAGAUGAAAUCCUUUGUGUGCAUCGCUCUGGUCGCCCUCGUCUCCGCCGCCCUGGCGUCGCCCACCAACGUGGCAUCGUCCACUGGCUCCACGGUGUCCCUGACUACCCAAGAGGGCGAGCUGGAGGGAAGCGCCGGACAAGGAUUCGGUGACCUGACCCGUCUUCGCAAGUCCGCCUACGGCGGCAGCUCCGGCGGCUAUGGCGGCUCUAGCAUCCCGGCUCCUCCCUGCCCCAAGAACUACCUGUUCAGCUGCCAGCCCAACCUCGCCCCGGUCCCAUGCAGUGCACCCGCCCCCAGCUACGGAUCCUCCGGCGCCUACUCUUCACCGGUGGCCACCUACGUCGCCCCCAACUACGGCCUUCCCCAGCACCAGCAGCAGCUCUUCAGCGCCGCCUACGUGCCGCAGGCCUAUGGAUACCAUUACUGAGCGUCAGCUCCAUAAGGCUAUGAUCCCUGGCCCCGGAUUACGAACUCGAUCGCAAAAAAAUACAAGCCAUGAUGGAUUUAAAAAAAUUAUACAAAAAAAUAUGUAUUGCAAUUAAAUCACAGAAAAAAGCUAA